GCCAUUGGAGACAACAGAAAUGAUGAGCAUCUCUGGGGCCAAUAGGCAGUCACCUCCAAGGUGUGACUUCCAGGAGCUCAGGAAAAGAAGAGAAAAAGACCACUCAUUUUGGAGUUGGGAAGAGGCUGGAACUUGACUCCUGAUUCUGUGACCUUGAGCUGCAUAGGGAACUGAAAGACUCUUCUAUGAAGAGGGGUGAAGUUCUAAAUUUCUGGCGGCCAAUGGGUGCCAAGGAGCAGCGGAUUCAGCCCAAUGAAGCUCAAAGCUGAACCUUGGGCGGAGCCAGCGGAGGGGGCGGAAACGGAGCCCCACCGCGGUGGCUACAGUGUGAAGCACCGGCAGCCCCGAGCGGAACCAUGAGCUGGACCUGCCCGCGUUGCCAGCAACCCGUGUUUUUCGCGGAAAAAGUGAGCUCCCUGGGCAAGAACUGGCACCGCUUCUGCCUGAAAUGUGAGCACUGCCACAGCGUCCUAUCCCCAGGAGGGCAUGCAGAGCACAAUGGGAGGCCGUAUUGCCACAGGCCAUGCUAUGGGGCUCUCUUCGGACCCAGGGGGGUGAAUAUUGGUGGGGUGGGCUCCUACCUCUACAAUUCCCCCACUCCCACCACUCCUCUCAGCCCCAGCAGCUUCAGCACCCCCAGGCCCAGUAUUGGCUUCCCCCAGGGCAAGAAAAGCCCUCCCCACAUGAAGACGUUCACUGGGGAGACCUCACUGUGCCCUGGCUGUGAGGAACCUGUCUAUUUUGCUGAGAAGGUAAUGUCUCUGGGCAGAAACUGGCACCGACCCUGCCUGAGGUGCCAGCGCUGCCGGAAGACCCUGACUGCUGGGAGUCAUGCAGAGCAUGAUGGCGUUCCCUAUUGCCACAUCCCCUGCUAUGGCUACCUGUUUGGCCCCAAAGGUGUGAACAUUGGUGAUGUGGGCUGCUACAUCUAUGACCCUGUGGAGAUAAAAUCCAAAUGAGAUGCUCACAGGAGAGAUCGCCUGAACUUGGGCCUCCCACCAUUGCCUCCAUGGUUCAGUGGGACCUACAGAAUUCUCCAGUCCCAUGGGGUGGGAGACGGUGGGAUUCUGGCAACCUGGGCCUAGACUUUUUCUGCCAAUUCCUCCCUUUCCCAUUCCUGUCUGAUUCCACUUUGAAGGUUGGCCUCCUAGGCUUCCCAAUCCCUUUCCCCAGCAAAUUCUGGAGCUUCAAGGUACUCAUAAAACUUGUUUUAUUCUGUCUUCUCCAAUAAAAUACUGGCUCCCAUGCCAACUCUUCUUUGGACAUGGGGCUUAGACAGUGGGUUGGGGGGUGGGGAGAGGGAUUACCCUGCAAAAUGCCUGGGAGGUAGCAGAGCCAGCCAUGGGAACAAAGAGCUCUGUUCUCCUGGUUCCUUGGCCCUGGCAUUGGGCAGCCCCCAGCACCCCACAUUGGACAGCAUGCCC